UUUUGAUCUGUUUUCCAGGAAAGAACAGGAAACACGGCGGAUGUUCGACGUUUCGCAAAAAUCUACGUCGCUGUUUUUUGGUCUUCGUUGUGAAAUUCUCCCGUCCGAAUCACGAAAUCUACGAGCAGCAGUUAAAAAGUAUUUUUCGCCAGUGACCAUGACCACCACCGAGUUGGAGGACGAGAAUUACGUGAUCCAAAUCCGUGCCAAACUGAACGAGAAAAACGUAAAACUUUGGGAGCCUCCAUUCUACAAUCCGUCCACCCUGGGACCGGUCGAGCCGGAGCUGGAGAAACUGGCCAAGUCAUUCCACGAGGAAUUGAGCCACGUCGCCACCGCAGAUUGCCUUCACGCGCUCCGGAAGCUGCAGCAGAAUGCUCUGGACAGACUGAAGAGCAAGGACGAGUUCACGCGGACCGGCGUCGCGACGUUGAGGGUCAGGGCCCCCACCCAGGGCGCGGCCAAUCGUCACUUUGACGUGAAAUGCAAAACGGCCGAUCCGGCGCGGGAACUGGUCACGCUAGUGGCCGCACAGGUUCAGGUGGAUGUUGGGAGGAUUAAGCUGGUUUCCGCCGGAAAGGUGCUUCAGCUGGAUCGAACCCUGGCGGAACAGAACGUCCGCAACGGGGCAACGGUCAUGGCACUGGUGCUGAUGCAAAGCGCGGAGGCGGCCCAACAGGAGAGCACCACCUUUGACCGGGUCCACAAGAUCCGGUCGGAUGCCGAGAAGAUCAUCGAUGCGAACGAUCGGUCGGAUUUUCUGAGCCUUGAAGACCAAGAUGGCAACGCGCUGCAUUUGCCCAAGGCCGAGAAGAAAGCCCUGUUGAUGGCUCUGACCCUGUAUGAGAAGGGAAAGGCCGCCCUCCGAAAGGAAAACUUCGAAGAAGCCCUUCUUCUAUUCCUGGAAGCCGAUAGUGACUUCCGGUUGUGCAAUUCGCAGCUGUUGAACGUCGUGGACAACUAUGCCUUGCUAAACCUGGACAUUGCCUGGACCUAUCUGUGUCUUAAGAACAUAAACCAACUGCCAGACGCCGAGCAACGACUGCGACUGUGCGAGGACAAGUUCCGCCAAAGCUAUGGCGACAACAUGCGCCGUGUCACUGCCAUCAAGGGAACGCAGCAGUGCAGCGAGAAGGCCCUGCUGUUGCGUCUUCACCUCCUCAAAGCCGUCAUGUUCUUCCACCAGAAUAAGCGCGAAGAAGCGGAGAUUAUGUUCCAGGUGGUCGAUACCGAGUUGCAGUCGCUGCGCGUUGACGACGGCGCUCUCUCGACCCUGCUGGACUGUGGCUUCGAACUCACCGAGUCCCGCAUCGCGCUGCGGGCCUGCUCCAACAACCUGGAGACCGCGAUCGAGUUCAUCAACAGCCGUCGGGAGACCGUCACGGCCAACGAGAAAAAGUCCAAACGCGAACGGGACAUCUACAAGCGGAUCGGCCAUACCGACGAGAACCGCAUCAACAUCGAGCUCGUUGACCGGCUCGUCGAGAUGGGCUUUUCCGAGUCGUUGGCCGCAGUUGCACUGCGCAAAAACGACAAUGACCUGGUGGAAGCCCUGAACGAUCUGCAGUCGAAGCCGGACUCGCUCAAGACGGAACUGACCGCCGCAAUCGAACCAUGCCUGAAGCUUACCGCCAAGCUGGUCGAUCUGGGCUUCCACGAAGAAGUAGCAAAAGCGGUCCUGAAGCAAACGCUCAACAAUUUUGACGAAGCGGUUGAGAUUUUGGUCACCGCUCGCGAGAACAACGAGUACGACUCGCUGCUCGCUACAGUCAGCAUGGAAUCGUCCAGGGCUUCCUCUUCAACCUCCUCAUCCUCUUCGGCGGAACCGACUUUGGCAACGACGGAAGACGGCUGCCCAGCUGGUCCGUCACGGAAGAAAGUUAAAAAUGAGGCCAAAUCCGACACCGAUGCCGCCAAAAAGGAAAUGAUGGACAUUCUGUACAAGAGCUUCUCCAAGGAUAUCGACAGCAACAGCGAGGCGUAUCUGGACUUGCCGCUGGUCGAGGAAGCGACCAUUCUGGAGCAGUACAAAAAGUUGUUGAACAUGAAGUAGAGAGUUGAAUAUUUUACUAGCACUUAGAAGAUGAAUAACUAUUGUGUUUUUUACUUUUUUACAGUUUUAUAAAGAUUUGGAAUUGA